UUCCUCGUCUGUGGUGGGGCCCGAAGAAAGCAGAGUUUGCAGAGAUAUUUUCGCUAUCCCCUAAUCUAAAGAUUCUAAUGGCGUUGGCGUUGGUGAAGGUUUAUCCAUCCGCGAAACCCUUCCGUCUUCCGCCGGCGGUGGAAUCGCGAUUCGGAGCAAGGAAACCGGCGAUAACAGUACGGAACGCGGCGUCGAACACGGCGGAGAUGGAGAAUCGGCCGCCGAAGCUGAAGGAAUUUCCGCAUCUGUCUGGUUCGCACAGAGUUCUGAUGGCCGAUCUGGUCGCCGCCAUUGAAGAUCGAUUCGAGGAUCGUCUUCUUCCCUGCGCGCUUCCUCCCGAUGUCGAGUUCUACCAGAAUCAAAGGGGCACUUCGCAAGGCGCACUUCUCCUUCGAUCUGGCUCGCCACAAUCUUCGAUUAAUUUCAUAUUGGGGAGCUGGUUGCACAGCCAGCUACCAACAGGAGCAGCUUUAAACAUAGCAAGCCUUUCUGCCUACUUGAGGCCUUCAACUGAUGCUCCAAACUUCCUCUUAGAGUUCAUCCAAAGGUCUCCAACCUCCCUCAUUCUCAUCCUCGAUCUCCCUCCCCGAAAGGAUCCCGUGCUCAAUCCCGACUACCUCCAAUCGUUCUACGAGGACACGAGACUAGACACUUACCGAAAGACGCUCGAAGAACUCCCCGAGUUUCGCCCCUAUGUCAUGUCCUCUCUUUACUUCCGCUGCCUGGUCUCUCCAACCUCCAUAAUUGCCCGCAUCGAAACGGAGUCGGGUGGACCCGAACGCAUGGAGGAGAUCAUAAAGGACCACGUCGGUCCCGUCGCGAGGGACGUGCUUCGAAUUUGGAUGGAUGAAUGUGCUUGCAAGAGGAGAGAGGUUGGAGAGGUUGAAAGAGGUGAAAUUGAGAGAAGGGAUGAGUUGGUUAAGAAGAAGACUAUUGAUAUAGACUUGGGGUCUAGUUUGCCAAGAUUGUUUGGGCAAGAAAUAGCUGAUAGAGUAGUGGUAGCUAUCCAACAAGUUUUUGAAGCAUGAACUGGUCCGAUGAUGAUGACUCUCAAACUUUUAAUUUGAUCAAUCAUCCCUCCUAAAUUUUUAUGAAGUAUUGCAAUUAAAUCUCUAGAUAUUGCAAAAA